CUGGGCAGUCUGACAGAGCUCUAAAGAAUGCUGCUUUUCUGCAAGAGCAGAGGGCAAAAGGAAAAUUAGGACUGAAAAGCCAUUGAGAGCUUCCACCCUGGCCCGCGUCCCUCGUCCGCUUCUCCACGGUUUCAACCCUGACGGACCGAGGAAGUCUUCCCGCUGCCACACACGCGCCCCAGCCGCUCUGCCGCCGACAUCCGUCUGCGUCCUGCUGCUGCUGCUGCACCGGAGCGGGACAGGAGUCCCCACGUACGCUCUAGCAGAAUCGGGAACUGCGACGGAUUCCCUGGAAGCGGACAGGAACAAAGGGUUCGUGUGCGAGGACGAAGGGCAAACAGUAGGAGAGAAACGAGACUAGGGAGGAAGAGGAGCAAUGACAGGGCACUGAUGAAGAGAAGGUCCUCGUGUUCCAGCCUUUUAAACGUGACGUGUUGGACGCCAGCUGAAUUUUGAGCGUGUGGAGAAGCACAAGGCUACAGACAGAGUGGAAGGGCCCCGAAGAGACCCACAGCCCCGAACACUUUCAGCCAACAGCAUACCAGUUAGUCGGUAACGUCUCAGUGCUGAGGCGUGUGAAAGGAGGCUGGCACACGUCCAAUCGGAGAGCAGUGUGCACUGAAGAUGCGUGACUGUAUUCCACUGUCCUGCCUGCUGCUGUUUCUGGGAGGGGGUAUCGACGCAGCCUGCCCCCCUGCAUGUUCCUGCAGCGACAGCCACAGAGAGGUGGACUGCUCGUCGAGGUCCCUGAGGCGCCUGCCUGCCGGCCUGGAGCUCAAGGUCCACACCCUCAACCUGUCCUGCAACCGCCUGUCCAACCUGGACCACAGCCUGGCCCCUUACACCCACCUGCGCACCCUGGACCUCUCACAUAACCACCUAGGGCACCUGCCCGCGUCACUACCGCGUUCGUUGUGGGAGCUCCGCGCGUCGGGCAACCGGAUUCAGUUCCUGGAGAAAAACGACACGGCCUACCAAUGGAACCUGCGAGAGCUGGACCUGUCGCACAACCGCCUGGAGCGGGCGGUGUUCAUUAACAAUACGCUGCCGGGUCUGCAGGCCCUCAACCUCAGUCACAACCACUUCUGGACCGUGCCCACCAACAUGCCCCCCAGCCUGGAGGUGCUGGACCUAUCCCACAACUCCCUGCUGCAAGUGCUGCCCGGCUCACUGGACCGGCUGGCCAGCCUGGCACGCUUCUACCUGCAUGCCAACCGCUUCUCGGCGGUGAGAGAGGGUGCGUUUGAUGGGCUCGACAGUCUGAGGCUCAUCACGCUGGGUGACAACCAGUGGAUGUGCAAGGACCCACACAGUGUGGGUUACCUGCAGGCGUGGGUCACUCGCACGCCCGCCCGCGUUCUCGGGUGCCCGUGCCACAUCAGGUUCACCUGUGGGGAGGCCCACCUGACGCGUACGGGCGGCUGGCACUUUGCCAGUUACACACUGCCCCCACUUCUCCUGCCCGAAAAGGCGCUCACUGACACCCGUCACCCAGGGGAGACUCCGAGAACCGCAGGCAAGCCGCAAGAGGACGGCCCCUCUGCGCCAGACAUGGACACGCCUACAGACGUGGCGUUCACCGUGGAAGAAGUCGUCACCUCGAGCACGCGAAGGACGACCACGCUUCGCACCAGGAGCGUUAAGAGAGCCAGCCACGGGCUUGGAAGAAAUACAAGCAGAGGACUUGUACCCUGGGCUACUUUAGCAAUAUGUCUAAACAUACUCCUGCUAAUUGCUAAUGACCUUCUCAACUACUGAAGUCAUGUGAGAAACAUAUCCAGAGGUUCAUCUCAUCUUCUGGUCAGAAAACCCACCUAAAAACAUCAAAGGGUGCUUAUAUUUAUAAAAAUUGAAAUAACUCCUGCCUUCAGUAACUGCCCUCAUUGUUCAUAUUUUGCUGGCAUUCAAACCAUUUUAUUGUUUACUGAGAAACAAGAUGUUGAUUUUGGGCCCCUUUUCUGGACACAGAUGAGAUGUACUCGAGUCAGACUAGUGUCAUUAGGGGAACACUGUAUUUAAAACCCUCUUUAGUUUGAGGACUGAUAUUUAUUAUUUCAAGGACUAAAACAAAGACACAGCUUGAAAUUAAACAAAAACAGUGUCUGAGAGUAACUAAUCAACAGGAACUUUCUUUACUGAACAUCCAUCCGCUAAUAUGUAUUACUGUGAUGCAGGUUACUUCUGUAACUGGAUGUAUGAUCAACGUAUGAGGAUCACAGAUUAAAUACAUUUUGUAUAAUUGACACAAUA